AUGAAAAGCGACGCUGAAUCGCGCAAGCCGAAAGUCAACGCGGAGCCAUUUUUUCUGAAUUCAGAUCCAGAUGCUCAGGUCGAACAAUCAUGGAAACGCGGCGUUGUCAUGGCUUCCUGCCAGAACAUCGUACGACGACUGUCGGACAUGCCGGCAAAUAUCCUCACACCUGUUCGUUUUGCAGCUGCAGCGAAGGAGCUGUUGCAAGGCCUUGAUUCGGUCGAGGUCAUCUGCCAUGAUAAAGCAUGGGCCACGCAGCAGAAAAUGGGUGCUUUUCUGUCCGUCGCCGAAGGAUCUGAUCAACCACCGAUGUUUGUCGAAGUUCAUCUGAAACCUUCAGGGAAGACCAUCGAUGGCCCGGUAGUGCUUGUUGGAAAGGGCGUUUGCUUCGACAGUGGUGGUAUUUCUUUGAAGCCUUCUCGUUCGAUGGACGAAAUGCGCGCCGACAUGGCCGGAGCUGCCUUGGUGUUGUCUACCAUUUAUGGGUUGGCGAAACUGCAGACCCCGCUCAACCGAGAGGUGAUCGCACUGAUGCCGAUGGUCGAAAAUAUGCCUAGCGGCAAGGCAACCAAGCCAGGGGAUAUCGUUUAUUCCAGAAGUGGCAAAUCAAUCAAGAUCGAUAACACUGACGCUGAAGGUCGUCUGAUUUUGGCAGAUGCCCUGUCGUACGCGGACGACUUUUCACCUAGUCACGUGAUUGAUCUGGCAACCCUGACCGGAGCGAUCAGGAUUUCUCUUGGCAGCGCUGCAGCCGGCGUGUUCACCAAUGACGAUCAGCUGUGGACCAGCCUACUCAAAGCGAGCAUUGAGACAGGCGAUCGCGUGUGGCGCUUGCCAUUGUUUCAGUACUUUUCUUCUGCGCUGAAAACGAGUGCCGCUGAUUUCGACAAUAUUUCGAAGCCUGCCAUGGCGACGAUGGGCGGAUCUUCAGUUGCGGCGGCAUUUUUGAAGGAAUUCACGAAAUGCUCCUCAUGGGCACACGUUGACAUUGCUGGUGUGGCUAUGGGAUACUCGGAGCUAACUUACUUACCAUCCGGAAUGAUGGGUUAG